CCACCCCACGCACCCACCCAAAAAAAAAAAAGCAAAAAAAAAAAAAAUACAAAGAACCCCAAGAUUUUACCAUACAUAUAGUAGACUGAUAUAAGAGAAGAAAACUAGACAUGAGUUUGGUGUAGUAGUGAAGAAGAAGAACAAAGGCUUUGAAAAAAAAAAAAAUUAAACACGCCGACACAAGGUUUGACUUGGGAAAGGAAGAAAUUAUAACCUAACCCUAGUCUAAAAAUCACAAAAUUUCUACCUUUUUAUUGUCAACUCAAGCGGAAAAGAUGUUUAGUGAUUGUCAACUCUUUUCAUCCAUGGGGAUGGGGGGAAAUAAUGGUGUAUCUUCAGAGUCACUCUAUUCUUCCACAAUCCAAAACCCUAAUUUUAACUUCAUGGCCAUGGGAGGAAAUAACUUGCCUUUCAACAUUUUUCCUCCCAAUAUCAUUCCCAAGGAAGAAAAUGGAUUAUUCAAAAGCAAAGAAGAAAUGGAUAGUGGCUCAGGAAGUGAACAUAUUGAAGGUAUGUCUGGAAAUGAACUCGAAUUACCCGAACAACAACAACAACAACAACCACCGGGCAAAAAGAAACGUUAUCAUCGCCACACUGUUCGCCAGAUCCAAGAAAUGGAAGCGUUAUUUAAGGAAUGUCCACAUCCAGAUGACAAGCAAAGGCUCAAACUAAGCCAAGACCUUGGCCUUAAACCACGUCAAGUCAAAUUCUGGUUUCAAAACCGAAGAACUCAAAUGAAGGCACAACAAGACCGAUCAGAUAAUGUAAUACUUAGAGCUGAGAAUGACAAUUUGAAGAAUGAGAAUUAUCGACUGCAAGCAGCUCUACGCAGUGUUAUGUGCCCUACUUGUGGAGGUCCAGCAAUGCUUGGAGAAAUGGGAUUUGAUGAACAACAACUUCGCCUAGAAAAUGCCCGCCUCAAAGAAGAGUUUGAGCGAGUAUGUUGCCUUGUAUCACAAUACAAUGGCCGGGGGCCAAUGCAAGGACUCGGAUCACCACCUCCUCUUCUUCCACCAUCACUGGAACUCGACAUGUCCAUUACUAAUUUCCCAAGGAAAUUCGAGGAUCAACCAACUAUGCCAAAUUGCGCGGAUAUGGUACCUGUUUCAUUACUCAUGCCUGAUCAAAACAACUCUCAAUUCUCGGGUGGUCCAAUGAUCAUGGAAGAAGAAAAAUCUCUUGCUAUGGAACUAGCUCUUUCGUCCAUGAAUGAAUUAGUAAAGAUGUGCACAAUGGGUGAACCCCUCUGGAUUUGGGGGCAUAAUGAUUCUGGAAAAGAAGUGCUUAAUGUGGAAGAAUAUUCUAGAAUGUUUCCAUGGCCUGUUGGGGUUAAGCAGAACAGCAAUGAGCUUAGAAUUGAAGCUACUCGCAGCAGUGCUGUUGUUAUUAUGAAUAGCAUCACUCUGGUUGAUGCGUUCUUGGAUACAAAUAAAUGUAUAGAGCUUUUCCCAUCUAUCAUUUCUAGAGCCAAAACUAUUCAAGUUGUAACCUCAGGAGUUUCUGAACAUGCCAGUGGUUCUCUUCAAUUGAUGUUUAUGGAAAUGCAAGUUCUAACACCCUUAGUGUCAACAAGAGAAUGUUAUUUCCUGCGUUAUUGCCAACAGAAUGUGGAGGAAGGGAGUUGGGCAAUUGUUGAUUUUCCACUUGAUAGUCUUCACAACAAUUUUCCAGCACCUUUCCCUUAUUUCAAGAGAAGGCCUUCUGGCUGCAUCAUCCAAGACAUGCCCAAUGGAUACUCUAGGGUUACAUGGGUUGAACAUGCUGAGGUUGAAGAAAAUCCAGUGAAUCAGAUAUUCAAUAACUUUGUAACUAGUGGUAUGGCAUUUGGAGCACAACGAUGGUUAUCAAUCUUGCAGAGACAAUGUGAAAGGCUUGCGAGCCUUAUGGCUAGAAAUAUAUCUGACCUUGGAGUGAUACCAUCUCCAGAAGCUCGAAAGAGCUUGAUGAAUUUGUCUCAAAGGAUGAUCAAAACAUUUUGUAUGAACAUUAGCACUAGUUGUGGGCAAUCAUGGACAGCUCUUUCUGAUUCUCUUGAGGACACUGUCCGAAUUACUACUAGAAAAGUUACAGAACCAGGCCAACCCAAUGGACUAAUCCUUAGUGCAGUUUCAACUUCUUGGCUUCCGUAUAAUCAUUUCCAGGUCUUCGAUCUCUUGAGGGAUGAACGUCGAAGAGCUCAGUUGGAUGUGCUUUCAAAUGGGAAUUCAUUGCAUGAGGUGGCUCACAUUGCAAAUGGUUCUCAUCCAGGGAAUUGCAUCUCUCUUCUACGUAUUAAUGUGGCUAGCAACUCAUCCCAGAGUGUAGAGCUAAUGCUGCAAGAGAGCUGCACGGAUGAUUCAGGCAGCCUGGUGGCCUACACCACCGUGGAGGUCGACGCAAUCCAGCUAGCCAUGAACGGGGAGGACCCCUCAUGCAUUCCUCUUCUUCCUUUAGGCUUUGUCAUAACACCAGUGAAUGGACAAACCAAUAAUAUUAACAACUCUGACAACAUCUCCAGUAGUGAAGCUAAUUCUUCGGCACAAUCUUCUGAGAAGAGGCAGAACUUGUCGUCAAUUCAAGAAUAUUCAGGAGGUUGUCUACUUACCAUUGGAUUACAAGUCCUUGCUAGCACGAUCCCAACUGCAAAGCUCAACCUUUCUAGUGUCACGGCUAUUAACCAUCAUUUGUGCAACACCGUACAACAGAUCAAUGCUGCACUUGUUGCUUUUUACCCCGAGUCCGGGAUAAAUGCACCAUCAUCACCACCACCACCACGACAACCGGAGUCGUCCAAGCAAGUGGACGAAAACUCAAAUUCUUCCUAAUUACCCAAAACCUCCCUCUAACAAUUUUUAUUUGUUGGGGGAGGUUAUGAGUAAUUUGUGAAAAAUGAUAAGUGGGGUAGGUGGGGGUAAGAUUUGUGAAGCAACAUUAGGAUUAUGGUACUAUUUGCAUAGUAGGGAUGUGGGUCCACUUGCAAAUGAAGGUUUAAUAGCCUGUGCAUUUUGCAUGGCUGGACCCCUAGUAAAUAAAUGACAAGAGUCAGAAAGUUGUUGUUAGGCAGGUGGGAAAAUCCAGUGAAAUGAUUGUUUGUGUCUGUCAAUGUGUGUGUGAGUGUGUGUUUCUUUUCGAAUAUUUUGUAGUGAUUACGAUUUUUGGGAAGUCAAGAACGAACCAGGUGAAAAUGAAAUCCUUGGUGAAUGGUGAGAAAAUUACCCUCUAACAAAAAGACUAUGGUUCGGGUAUUGACUUCUUGUUUUAUGUUCCCUAAUUAGCUACCCUCACCCCUACUAGUGGUUAAUUUUUUGUGUUUGUUGAGAACUUCAAUUUGCAGCUGUUUCUGCAAUGACACUAAUUGUAGUAAGAUUUAAUUACUAAUUAGUGUUCCUUUCGUCUCAAA